AUGUCUGCAGACCCGUGCUCCCUCUCCUCCAUCAGCAGCUGCACCACCAGACACCUGAGCCUGUGUCUGACUGUGGACUUCCCCCAACGAGUGCUCAGGGGCCGUGCGACACUCACCGUGGAGGCUCUGGAGGACCGCUUCUCCACUCUGACUUUGGACACCAGAGACCUGAAGAUUGUCUCAGUGAGUGCAAAUGGUCAGGAUGCCAGCUUCAACCUCGGGGCCAAGCACAGCUUCAAAGGCACCCCUCUGGAAAUAACCUUGCCUUUUCAUAUCUCAAGGGGUCAGCAUGUUAUAGUGGAAGUGACAUAUGAGACCUCUCCUUCUGCUACUGCUCUACAAUGGCUUACACCUGAGCAGACAGCGGGCAAGGAGCAUCCUUAUCUAUUCAGCCAAUGUCAGGCACAUCAUUGCAGAAGCAUGGUUCCAUGUCAAGACAGUCCCUCAGUCAAGCACACCUAUUAUGCCCAGGUGUCAGUCCCAAAAGAUCUGGUCGCAGUAAUGAGUGCUGUUCGUGAUGGCCACGAGGUUGAUCCUCAGGACAACCAGCGGAUCAUCUAUCGCUUCAGACAGCCAGUGGCCAUGCCUUCAUACUUGAUUGCCAUAGUGGUGGGAGCACUUGAAAGCAGAGAAAUUGGACCAAGAUCUAGAGUUUGGUCUGAGAAAGAAUUUGUGGACCAAGCAGCCUCAGAGUUUUCCGAGACAGAAAUGAUGCUGCAGACCGCUGAAAAGCUGGCCGGCCCAUAUGUGUGGGGUCAGUAUGACAUCCUGGUUCUGCCGCCUUCUUUCCCUUAUGGCGGCAUGGAGAACCCCUGUCUGACCUUUGCCACACCUACUCUUCUGGCAGGAGACAAAUCUUUAUCUAAUGUAAUUGCCCACGAAAUCUCCCACAGUUGGACGGGGAAUUUGGUGACCAACAAAACCUGGGAGCAUUUUUGGUUGAACGAGGGCCACACUGUGUACCUGGAGAGGAUGAUCGGUCGACAAAUGGAAAGUGAGCAGUUCAGACAGUUUAAGGCCAUGGGAGGUUGGAAAGAUCUGCAGGACUCUGUGAACACUUUUGGUGCCAACAGCCCGCUGACUAACCUGGUGCCCAGCCUCCAGGACGUAGAUCCAGAUGAUGCCUUCUCCUCUGUCCCGUAUGAGAAGGGCUUUGCUCUGUUGUACCAUCUGGAGGAGCUGAUGGGAGGACCAGAGGUGUUCAUGGAGUUUGUGAAGUCAUAUAUCCAGAUGUUUGCUUACAGCAGUGCCACCACUGAUCAGUGGAAGGAUUAUCUGUUUUCGUACUUUAAAGACAAGGUAGACAUUUUAAAGAAAGUGGACUGGAAUGCCUGGAUGUAUACACCGGGAAUGCCUCCUGUCAAGCCUCAGUAUGACACAACACUGGCCAAUGCCUGCAUCACCUUAAGUCAGAAAUGGAUUAAGGCCAAAGAACAGGACCUGGGGGGUUUCAACGUAUCGGACAUCACAGCUUUGUCAUCUCACCAGCUCAUUGAGUUCUUGUCACUUUUGCUUCAAGAGAGCCCGUUACCGCUGACUCAUGUAAAGAAGAUGCAGGAUCUUUACAACCUCAACAGUUUCAUGAACUCAGAAAUUCGCUUCAGAUGGCUGCGCUUGUGUGUGCGCUCCAAAUGGGAGGAAAUGGUUCCCGUGGCCCUGAAAAUGGCAACAGAACAGGGCAGGCUUAAGUUUACACGUCCACUUUUUAGAGAGGUGUACGCCCUUGAGAAGUAUCGUGAUGAAGCUGUGCAAGUGUUUAUCGGCCAUCGUGCUGCCAUGCACCCGGUCACAGCGGGACUGGUGGCCAAAGACCUGAAAGUAGAGAGCACUGGUCUGUGA